AUGGCGCAGUUUGAGAUUUGGGAAGCAUCCCGUAUUCGUGGGGGCACCUUUUCCAGUACAUGGGUGCUUAGCCUUCAUGAUGGGAAGCGACGAGUGGCACGUCUUGUCUCUCGAGCCAGCAGAUGUGAGAUCGAGCGGCUGCAAGAGCAAGCAAAAUCAUCAGGUUUGACAACUGUAGCUCAACUCAAGCAGAAAGCUGCUGCUGAGCUUGUGCAGCUGGUCAAAGAGCAGUCAGCCAAGCAAAGAUCUGCUGAUCCCACUGCAAAAGUCAUCGUUAUCCACGAUGAAUCUGCAAAGCCAGCACCUGGAAAACGUUUAUUGGCGACAGACUUACACAUCACUCGAACCUAUUGCAUUGGCUCCCAGCUUGCAAAUGCUAAGAUUUGGCGCCUGGGUGACAAAGAAACUGCGCUCACAAAGCGGCAAGGUGCUCAGCAACACUUGCUGGGUAAUACGUGGCUGCUGCGCCAUCGGGACCCGCGGGACUUUGUGGAGCGCGUGUGGCUCCCGGUCUACAAGUUCGAGGUGCCUUCGGGCAUUGCGGGUGAAGCCUGGGUCACCCGCUCGCGAAGCCUCUUGCUGGGCGACAAGGACCCGCCGCGGCAGAACAGAGCCAAGACGCCGAAGCCCGAUGAUGCUGACCACAAGGUGCUUUGUAAUGCGACCACACGGAAGUUUGAGGCACCGCCGGAGACCGCUCCACCGAACGGGGAACGUUUGUUUCGACUGGUCAGUCGACUGACGGCCGGUGGGGACAGUGAUGAGGAGACGCCCUGGCAGCUGACGCGCGGCUUUACCCGGGCUGCUUGGCUGGAGAUCGGUCAAAUUGAGUUAGGUGGGUUAAGCCAAAAGGUCUCGGCGUUGCGAAUUCGCUCGGAGAUGGGAGGCUCGGUCAGAGUCAAGGACUUUCGCAAGGUCGGACCCAUGAAGUCGGCGCCGGCGGCGCUGACGCCCGGCCAGACGCCGGCGAACAGCAAGGCGGCGUCCUUCGACUGCACGCCGAAGCGCAGCCCGGUGCGCAGCGGACCAACACCAUUGAAGAAACAGGUGCGUUUGCCCAAGGUGCCAGACUUGCGUGCGCCCGAGAUGUGCGGCAUCGUGUGCUCCGACGGAAAGACCAAGUGGUUCCCUCGCUCCGACGAGGCCCCGCGCAUCCGUGGGGAGAGCCCCACGCAGGGCGGUGGCGGGGAGAGACACGGUGGUCGGUCGGUGGCCGCUGAUGCCAUGGCGCGCCAGGCUUUGGCUCUGUUUUCCAGUGGCCUUGGCCGAAUUGGAUGUGCUCCUCUUGCAGAAGGAACUCCGGCUGGACCGAAGCGUCUCGAACGAGCCCUGCGAGGAGCGCUGCGUCCCGGCGGUGUGGGUCGUCCCUCGGACACGGCCUGGACGAUCUCGACAGUCCGAGAUCGAAAGCGACCUCCGACGGAGAUCGAAAGGUUUCAAAAGGUCAGCGCCGGGCGUAGCGGGAGUACGACUUUGCUGGAGAUGUUGAAUCAAAUACCUGGCUAUGAGAUCAUGGGCGAGAAUCAGGGUAUGUGGGGCUCCUUAUUCGAUUUGGCAGAGCAGCGGAAGAAGAUGGUCAAGAAAUACGAAGCUUCUGCGGAGUACUUGAUGUACCGCCAAAGCGAGCAGAGGAACAUGUCGCAGCUGCGAUGUGCUUUUCAGCUGCGCGUGCUCGGGGAGAUCAAUCCGGAUUCCAACGCUGAGGUUGUAGGCUUCAAGGAGAUCCGCUGGGACUUCGAGCGGGGCCUGGGGGACUUGAAGCUUCUCAUGGAGGUCUUUCCCUGUUCCAUGGCCUUAUUGAGCUAUCGUCGGAAUCUCAAAGCCGAAGCACAGUCCAGGCACGAAUCCCUGGGUGCCUUUCCUGAGUCGAAUCUUCGCAGAGACAACGAGGCCAUGCUCGGGCUGCAUCGGGCGAUGCCCAAGAGGACCUUCCUGAUGGCGGUGGAGGAUUUCUCCGUUGCCUUCUUUAAUCAGAUGCUGGACUUCUUGGGCAAGAAGGACUGCAGGUACACGGACGUCUUGCAUGAUAACGCCGGCUCCAGCUAUACCCACGACUGGUUUGGCACCAGGAGCUUUGACAUCAUCAAAUGCAAGGGCAAGGAGUGA